AUGGCUGCAAGAGGAGGUAUAAAUGCCAAGGGCGAAGCAGUCCCACAACCUGUAAAAGUUCAACGUUACUGGCCCGGAAAAGCUCCAGAGGGAGUUGACGAGUACUCUUCGGAGGAAGAAGAGGAGGAGCAACUUGAACAAUUCGAAAAAGAAAACGCAGAACUAAUUACUAAUGUACAAAAAGUAAAUAUUUCUGAAAAGGAUGUGGCUACAGAUCGUAGGCUGAGGAGAUUAAGGGAAGCAAAAGAAACUAGUUAUUCCGAAGGAGUUGAUAGAAGACGAAGAUAUUAUGAAGAACAGAAUGUAGUCAAGGAAUCAAAACCGGAGAUUGAUUAUGAAGCAAAGGAGCAAGUAGGAGAGGAGGAAGAUAUUAUUUUACGCCGACAAAGAAUAAGAGAGCGCGCCCUAGAGCAACGUAGACAGGAAGAAGAAAGAUUGAAGGCUUUAGAGGAAUCAUAUAAGGCACAAUUGUCUCCUCAAGAAGAAGAAAAGGAGGAAAGUGAAGAGGAAACCUCUGAAUAUGAGACUGAUUCAGAAGAUGAGGAUCAGAAUUCACGAAAAUUACUUAAACCCGUGUUUAUUCCAAAAGCACACAGAGAGACAAUACUAGAAAGAGAAAGAACUGAGAAAUUGGCUGAAGAGGCUGAAGCCAAGAGACUUAAAGAGCUGGAGGAAAGAAGGAAAGAAUCUCAUAUAAUGGUGGCUGAAGUAGUUCAAAGAGAGUCGCAAAAAGAGGUUGAAGAGGGUGUUGCUCACGAAGUCGAUGACACGGACGGUAUUGAUGAACAGACGGAAUAUGAGGAAUGGAAGCUGCGUGAAUUAAAACGGAUAAAGAGGGAUAGAGAGGAACGAGAGGCGAGGGAAAAAGAGCGUGCUGAGAUUGAAAGAAGGCGUAAUAUGCCUGAAGAGCAACGCCUGGCUGAAGAUUUAGAACGUAUUAAAAAACAAAAUGAAGAAAAACCGAAAGGACAAUACAAAUUUCUGCAAAAAUAUUAUCACAAGGGAGCCUUCUACCUGGAUUCUGAAGAUAACAUAUUCAAACGCAAUUACACUGCGCCAACACCGGAUGAAGCAGCUCACAAGGAAUUGUUGCCAAAGGUCAUGCAAGUCAAAAAUUUUGGUCGUGCGGGGCAGACUAAAUGGACUCACUUGGUGGAUCAAGAUACUUCAAAGAAAGAUACCGCUUGGAAUCAAAAAUCUUUAGUCAACAAAUCGAUAAUUUCUAAAAUGGGUGGCAUGCACGGAGGAUUUGAUAAACCGACUUCCAAAAAAAGAAAAACUGGAUAA